AUGUCUAAAAGGAAGACUUAUUCACCUGUAAGUCAGUCGAAUAGUAGAUCAAAUAUUUUUCAUUCUGACCCAUUGGAGGAGACGAGUAUCUUGGAGUUACUUCAAGGAGAAUUUGAUAUUAAGGAUGGGAUAUCGUUACUUAUUCAGCUAAAUUUAAAGCAGAAUAAGAAAUUGGAAGGAAUGAUUGCUAGGAUUGAUAGAAUCUACUCCUGGGUAGAAAAUUUGGACGAAGCUAUUGUUAAUAUAGAAACUAGAUUAGAAGAUUUAGAGAAAAAAUUUACAUACGAUACCGGUAAGAUUCUAUCGGACGAUAGAAUAGAUUUGGAAAACAAAAUGGCCGAGUUUACAUUAAGUCAGGAGCGGUUUGAGUGUUUUUUAAGGCGUAAUAAUUUAAUAAUUUUUGGUUUGCCUGAGUCGGAAGAUGAUAACUUACAAGUUAAAGAUGUAGUAUUGGAAUUUUUUCAAAAUAAAUUAAGUGUUGAUAAUGUUCGUUUAGAGCAGUGCUAUAGAUUGGGUCAACAACGGAAAGAUAGUAUUAGGUUGAUUUACUGUAGUUUUUUUGACUAUGGUGAUAAAUGUAAGAUUAAAAGAGCGGCAUUUAAAUUAAAAGGAACGAGGAUAUUUAUAAUGGAUGACCUUCCUCCUUUAACUAGAGACAUAAGGAAAAUAAUGAAUGAUUUCGCAAGAGAAAAAAAGAGAUUGGGUGCUUCAAUUACUUAUUUAAAUAAUAGAAAUGCGGUUAAAGUUGAUAAUAAAAUUUAUAAAUAUAAUAUAGUUUCUAAGAAAAUGGAAGAACAAAUGUCAACUUGA